CCUGGCGGUCUGCGUAGGACGGCGCAGGCGCGCUGGCGCGGACCCGCAAUUCUGACCGUUAAAGCGAGAUUCUCCGCGGUGGCUGGUGUUCGCGUCGGCUGGGCGCUCCCGCCACCCCGCGAUAUGUUGCAGAGACCGCGGAGCCGCAGUCGCCCAAGCUCCCAAGCGGAGGACCGGAAUGAGGACCGCGGCGGAGACACCGAGGCCCCGAGCACGUCCCGCGGGCCGGCCGGCUCGUCCCCGGGCUCUCGCAGGUCCCAGGCCGCCCCCGCCGUGGGGCCGCGGAGCCAGAAGCAGCUGGAGCUGAAGGUGGCCGAGCUGGUGCAGUUCUUGCUGAUCAAGGACCAGAAGAAGAUCCCCAUCAAGCGGAUCGACAUAGUGAAACACGUCAUGGGGGACUACAGGGACAUCUUCCCCGACCUCCUUAAGUUGGCGGCGGAGCGCCUCCUGUACGUGUUCGGAUACAAGCUGCUGGAGCUUGAGCCCAAGAGCAACACCUACAUCCUGAUCAACACCCUGGAGCCCGUGGAGGAGGACGCCGAGGUGAGGGGCGACCAGGGCACGCCCACCACGGGGCUCCUGAUGAUUGUCCUGGGGCUCAUCUUCAUGAAGGGCAACACCAUCAAGGAGACCGAGGUCUGGGACUUCCUGCGGCGGUUGGGAGUGUACCCUACCAAGAAGCAUUUAGUCUUUGGGGACCCCAAGAAACUUAUUACCGAAGACUUCGUGCGACAGCGUUACCUGGAGUACCGGCGGAUACCCCACACGGAUCCCGUAGACUAUGAAUUUCAGUGGGGCCCACGGACCAACUUGGAAACCAGCAAGAUGAAAGUGCUUAAGUUUGUGGCCAAAGUUCAUAACCAAGACCCCAAGGACUGGCCGGCACAGUACUGUGAGGCUUUGGCAGAUGAGGAGAGCAGGGCCAAACCUGGGCCUAGUGGACCCGCCCCAUCCACUUGAAAUCUGAAACGGAUUCAUGGGGACUCCUGGGACCGGGAUCUGAAACCGGAAGGCACAUGCUGGAAGAAUUGGGGAGGUGGGGAUGGAGGAGCAUAUUUGUGCACUGUUUAAAUGUGUGUAGCCUUACGAUGCGUUGUAAAGUUUUGGGGGUGUCUUAGUAUUGUGUUAUUGGGCACAUAUUUUCAUUUAUAAACAGAGGAGCAAUUUUGUUUUAUUGCCUUUGAUAUAAAAUGUUUUCUAGCUUUAUAAAAUUAACUGGAAAACUGUACUGUAGCUGAUAUUUAAGAAAGAACACAUAAGUAAAUUGUUUUGGUGCCAGCAAGUAAAAGCAGAGUACUAUUAUCUGGUCUAGUAUUCCAGUUUGUAAAGAAAAGUCUUUAUAAAACUAAAAAAUGUAACCGUGUCUCUCAUACCUUAACACAUCUGUUUUAUUUUUAUGUAUUUUCUGCAUUUACAAGUGUUAUGCAUGGUUCCAAGCAAUGUACAGAAUGUAUUUUCUGAGUAACAUAUUUUUUCUAUUCAUAAUUAA